GAACUACGCGCGUGAGGAUGGUUGAGCGGCGCGCAACGCGCACAGUUCCCUAGGAUUUAUCAGUUGCGGCAGCGCUACCACCGAGGAUUGAUUUGAAUUGUGGUGAGUGGGCCUAGUAUAAUGGGUAGCUGAGGAUUAAACCCCCCUGGACCCUUUGGUACAAAAGUGAACAAAGGACUUUUCUAAAAUUCCACCAGCUGUCAGUGAAAAGGACUUGCGAGUCAGUUUUUACAAAUGAGUGCAAAGUGCAGUGAUGUAUGGUGAAGAAAGUGAAUAAGUGAUCUUAAUAUUUUGAAACCACUCAGUUCAGAGUAAGGGCUGACAGUGUUUCAGUGACUUGAUCGAGGUUUAGAAGUCAAGAUUAUGAGCUACAUAAGACCAGUGAGGUUCCAGCCAACAUGUCUCCAGGUUCUGUGCUCCAAGGCCUAUAUGGAGCAGGUUAUCUGCGUCCUUCGAAAACACAGACAUUAUAUCUCAGACGCAGUCUGUCUCCGAGUUCUCAGAAAACAGAUCGGAGAUUAUUUCAGAGAAUCUGUCGCUAAGAGUGUACGGGAGGAGCUGAUUAGGUUCGGGAGUAGUUUAAUCCAGAAGGAGAACUGGUCUGCCAUCAGGGACUUCUUGGUUCCGGAUCUUCUAGUUCCGUUCCUCUACGUGUUCUACAGUCCGGAUAUCCGGUAUCUCGAGCUUCCUGUUCUAGUCAGAUCCGUGGAUAGAGUGACCGUGCUUGACCUCCUGAAUAAUGUUGGGACCCCGGGAGGUCAUGACCUCGAGCAGAUGAAGUUGAGGAUGUUUGAGAGGUCGGAUAUUAGUGUAGAGGAAGGUUAUCUUGUGAAGAGAGUUCUCAGAGGUUUCUUUAACGUCAGAUCUCUUACACUAUGGAAGGUUUGUGAUAACGCGAUGCUUCAGAUUAUCGGUGUCACCUGUAGACAGCUCGAGCUACUGGAUAUUUGGAAAUCAAUAGCUGUUACAGAUUCAGGGGUAUCUAUGUUCCUGGGUCUAGAAGCGGAAAAACCUUUCAGGGUUUGCUCUACUCUCAAGAAAAUUCUUAUCAAGGAUACAUCAAUAACAGACAGAGGAGCUUUCCAAUUUCUUUUCUGGUGUCUGAAACUUGAAGUAUUAG